AACUAGUUAUACGUCGUAUCUUCCCAUGUAUUUCAGGUCUGUCACGAAUGCUCCAGAUAUUAUUUUAUAAGAAGAGAGAGAGAAAGAAGGAAAGAAAGAGGAAGAUAGAGUGAGUAAAGAAGAUGAAGUAAGGCUAAGCAAGUUGGAAAAAAAAGAGUGAAGGGAAACAUUUUCCUAUUAACCAAGAAACAUUUUGUUCAUUGUGACUUCUCUAUUCAACUAGCAACUUUUUUUUACAUUUCCCAUCUCAUCUUCCUCAUCAUCAUCUCAUAUUCACCUAUCACCAACAUCAUCAACAUCAACAUAUUCAUCAUCAGUGGUUAGUGUCACUAUUUGGAGUGUGUUUCCAGUGUCUUCAUCUGUGGAUUACCAUUCCUGUUAAUCGCGUUUGCUACACAUUUUGGUGUUACUUUGUUUUUCAUCUAUCUUUUUGGGUUUCACUAUUCCCAUUCUGGUUAAACUUUCAAUGAGAUAUCCGUGUAAAAUAUUUGCUGUUAACAGAUAACCAGAGAUUUAGUUGCAAUGAUCAUCUUUUAAGGAUUAUUAUUCAACGUUACCCAUUUUUUUGUAAUCCUAAUCAAAUGUUGUGUCUACCUGGACCAAAGUAUCACAUUACCUUUUACCUUUUGAUUUAUUUUUCCGAUUUUAUCAUCAUUCCUUGGCUGCUUAAUCUUCCAUUUACCUCAGGUUCAGCUAGUUUCAGAGAACAGGAGAAAAAAAUAUUGGAUUCUAUCAUAGGUCAAGGUGCUUAUGAUAGACGAAUCAGACCUUCUGGACUCAAUGCAUCCGCCGAGGGUGAUUCAGAUGGACCAUGUAUAGUCUCAAUAAACAUUUAUUUAAGAAGUAUAAGUAAAAUCAGUGAUCUUGACAUGGAAUAUUCAGUCCAGAUAACCUUCAGGGAGGAAUGGAAGGAUUCACGACUAGUUUAUCGAGAUCCAUCGGAAAAGAUUCGUUAUUUAACUUUGACUGAUCCUGAUCGUAUCUGGAAGCCGGAUGUUUUUUUCACCAAUGAAAAGGAAGGACAUUUUCACAAUAUCAUUAUGCCCAAUGUUUUGUUACGUAUUGGCUCAGAUGGUGGUGUUUUGUAUUCAAUAAGGUUGUCAUUAAUAUUAUCCUGCCCAAUGAAUUUGAAAUAUUAUCCACUGGAUAAGCAAAAUUGUUAUAUCAAAAUGGCUAGCUAUGGUUAUACUACUGAAGAUUUGGUUUUCAUGUGGAAAAAAACGGAUCCUGUUCAGGUUACUAAGCAACUUCAUCUUCCAACAUUUGCUUUAGCUGAUUAUAUUACUGAAUAUUGUACUUCACGAACAAAUACAGGUGAAUACAGUUGUGUCCAAGUCAAAUUAAUAUUUCGUCGUGAAUUUAGUUACUAUUUGAUUCAAAUAUAUAUUCCCUGUAUUAUGCUUGUAAUUGUCUCAUGGGUUUCAUUUUGGUUGGAUCCAAAUGCUAUUCCUGCCCGGGUCAGUCUUGGUGUUACCACUUUACUCACAAUGGCAACUCAAAUAUCCGGUAUAAAUGCCUCACUUCCACCGGUCAGUUACAUUAAAGCCAUUGAUGUUUGGACCGGAGUCUGCCUUUUCUUUGUUUUUGGUGCCCUCCUAGAGUUUGCCCUUGUAAACUAUGCGUCAAGAAGCGAUGCUCAUAGAGCAGCGCGUAAACGUCGCGCAGAAAAUCAACAACAGCAAGUUCAACAGGUUCUUGGUGGUGGUGGAUCAGCCUUUGGCUUCACUGGAGGUGGAGGAGGCGGGGGAGGUGGGGGUGGUCUUGGUAAUAUGGGUAAUCCUGGUUACGGAAUGACUGGUGGUGGUAUGGGUUUCCCUCCUCCACCACCUAAAUGGGAUUCCAAUCCAUGGGAACCUCAUCAACCUAUGCCACCUCAUCCAAUGGAUCCUCCACCUGCCACUAAAUGGGAAGCUCGUGUAGACUUGAAACCCAGAGGAUUUCAAUAUUCAUCAGAUAAUUUCCAUUCAUCAAGAGCCUCAUAUGUAAUGAAACCUGUAUUACGAGGACCUCAACCAAAUCCACCUCCAGCAAAUAAUAAAUUCCAUCAAGUUGAAGUUCGCACUGCCCCUUAUAAUCAAAAUUGUUUAACGCGUUGGUUUGCAGCAUUUCAAACACGCUCCAAACGUAUUGACGUUUUGGCUCGUAUUUUGUUUCCCCUGAUGUUUAGUCUAUUUAACGUUGUUUAUUGGAUAACUUAUGUGGUGAUUUUGGGUUAACUCCUUUAAUUAUUGGAUCCAAUUUAUCGGCCAAAAGAUACUUCACACAUGAUGGUUGAUUGAAAUAGCCAAAUAACAAGAAUCAAACGUGUAAACAAAAUUUAAAGCCAAUACCAUAAUCAAGCUUAUGGUCGUAUAUAAUGUGUUUAUAUAAUUGUUACUAAACAGCUCAAUACAAAUCAAAGAAUGAUACUUCUUCACAAUACUUACAGAUUGAUAAAUACAGGACGGUCAUUGCUACCACCUUCAUUAUCAUCAUCAUCCUCAUCAUCAUCACCAUCUUCAUAACAAUCAUCGAGGGAAAGUGUUAUAAAAUGGACACAUAAUUGCAUUUCAUUUUUUUGUUAAUAACAUUAUUAAGGUUCAAACAAGCAACGAUCCAGAACCAAUCAUCAUCAUCAUCACCUUGAUUCUCAUUCUCAUUUGAUCAACAUCAUCAACAACAUGAAAAAGCAAGAUCAAUUUAUUGUAACUAGAUUAACAACAAACGAACCAUUUAAUUGACAAUCUAAAAAGAGGAUAUAAUGAAAGGAGAUUAAGAAAUAACUAAUCAGUGUUAAUCACGCUGAGAACAGAAAUUAACAAAAAUCAGAAUCAGAAAGCAAGUGAAAAGUUUCACUUGAAAAGAAAAAUUAAAGCUUAAUUAGACAACAAGUUAAUCAAUUUACCUAUCAUCACCAUUAUCAUGAUAAAUUUUUUGGUGCCAACAAAAGCAACAACAACUCUGGCAAAAUAACAAAAUUUUAAAAUCACCCAACGUUGGACAACGAAAUGUUUUAAUUAUAAAAAAUAUAUAUAUACAAUUAAUUAAUAAAAUGUUAUUAUCAUUUGAUAAAGAAAAAACUAAUAAAUAAAAUAGUUAAAUCAAACCAAUUCAAUUUAAAUGAAUGAAGAUGAUGUUAACCCGUCCUCACUUCAACACAAUCAAGACAUCAAACAUGAAGACAUUUGUAUAUUUAAAAUGCUCAAUGAUAAAACAAAACUGUAAACCUGUAAACAGUUGAUUAACUGUGAAUUAAUCAAGGGUAUGCAUUGACCAUCGACCGUCCUUACCUUAAGUGUGCAAUGUUUCAACUUGCAUCAGAAAACUAGAAACAUUCAAAAGUACGAUGAAUUGAUUGUUGAGCCAAUUAAUUCUGAUUUUAAAUAUUUAACAUCAGUUGACAGCAAUUCAAAGAUGUAAAAUGAGAAAUAA